AUGUCCUUACGAUGGACUACGGAAGUUGGCUGGCGCCUAUCUUUCCUUCUCUUCAUCCCUCUCCCUCUCCUCCUCCUCUUCCUCUCCUCCAUCGCCAACCCCUUCUCCUCUUCUUCUCUCAAAACCAUCUUCCAGAACAAAUCCCACCCAUUCCCUUCUCCUCGCCCUUCUCUCCCCCCUUUCCCUCAUCCCCAUGCACGACCCGACCAUCUCCAACUCGUCCGACUCAAGAAGAGGAAGGCCGAGUUGGAUCGCUCCCGAAUUGCUAUCUGCCUCGUCGGUGGGGCACGGCGGUUCGAGCUUACUGGGCCAUCCAUCGUGGAGAACCUCCUCAAGGUUUAUAGCAAUUCGGAUCUGUUCUUGCACAGCCCGCUGGAUGGUGGGGCCUACAAGUUCUCGAUCCUCGAGGACACGCCGAGGAUUGCAGCGGUUCGGAUCUUCGUGCCCGAGCACGUGAACGAGACGGAUGCGCAAGCCAGGGUCCUAACCGCGAGCGGCUCCCCCAACGGCAUCCAGGGGCUGCUGCAAUAUUUCAACCUGGUGGAAGGCUGCCUGUCCAUGAUAACGGCCUACCAAACCCGCCACAACUUUACCUACGAUUGGGUGGUCCGCACCAGAGUAGACGGCUACUGGUCCGCACCCCUCUCCCCUGACAGCUUCAUCCCCUCCAAGUACAUCCUUCCAUCUGGCUCUCAAUACGGGGGCCUCAACGACCGUUUAGGAAUAGGCGACCUCCCCACCUCCCGCGCUGCCCUUUCUCGCCUCUCCCUCAUCCCUUCCCUUGACGCCGCGGGCUACCGUAAACUCAACUCCGAGACCGCCUUCAUGGCCCAGCUCUCCACUCAGCGGAUCCACUACCAGUUCACCCGGUUGCCCUUCUGCGUCCUCAGCGACCGCACUUACGGCUUCCCUCCUGCGAAGUUCGGUGUGCCGGUGGCAUCCAUCGGGAGCCCGGGCCCGCUCAGCGGGGCCAAGUGCCGGCCGUGUACGGCUGUAUGUGUGGGGCCCUGCGUUGCUGACGUUGCGGGGAGCUUGAAUCGAAAGUGGAGCUGGACGGAGUGGGAGAACGGGAGCCUGGAGCUGUGUGACGCGCAUGGGCCGUGGGAGAGAGGGUGGGAGGGGAUCUUCGAUCGGAUCGCGGGUCCAAAGCUCACGGCCGUUAGGAAGCGGGUCGGGGCGAUGGGGAUGGCACAGUGCGUUGCGAAUAUGGAGAAGAUGAGGCGACGGACCGAAAGGUGGGACGCUCCACCGUCCAUGGAGAUUUGCAUGUUGGGGUUGGGAGGGUAG